AUGAACCCAUUCAACCGACUCGGUCGAUUCAUCCGGCGACAGUCUUCUCCACUGCAGAUAGUACGGAAUUUACCCCGUGAUCCCAUCCUGGAUUUCGCCAUCAAGAUCGAGGAUGAAAAGAUGCCCGCGUACGAGCGGGGGCUUUACUACCCGGUGACCCCAGGGGAGGUGAUUCAGUCCCAGUAUCAGGUUCUCAGUAAGCUAGGCUUUGGGGCUAAUUCCACGGUAUGGCUUCACCACCAUCGCUAUAUCGCGCUCAAGAUCUACACUAGCAGCAGCUCAGAGGUGAACAAUGAGGCGCGAGUAUUGAAGCACCUCUCGGAAGUGCAAACGGACCAUCCAGGCAGUGCCUGCGUCCGGCGAAUGUUGGCGGAGUUUGAGAUCACCAGCUCACGCGGUCGUCGGCAUCAGUGUAUUGUGCAUGAGCCCUUGACUUUAUUGAAGGGCGCGUUGCAGCAGCUCUUGCUCGCGCUGGAUUCUUUACAUUCCGAGGCGCACAUGAUACAUACCGGUAGCUCCAAAGAUGAUUCGAUCUUCCGCGAAUGGGCAACCGAGGAGCAGCAUGACCCCAGCCCGCGGAAGUCCACCGGCGACGACUACACCGUGUACCAAUCUCGGCGGUACCGCCGUCGAAAGGGAUGGCACACCUCCUUCGGCAUGCCACUUCUUGCUGCUUUCGGGGAGGCGCGCAUAGGCGAUACUCACCGUGGGCUAAUCCAACCGGACCUGUACCGUGCGCCCGAGGUGGUGCUUGGCAUGAAGUGGGGUUCUAAAGUGGAUAUUUGGAAUGUCGGGAUCUGGGAUCUGUUCGAAGAACACCACCUAUUUGACGGGCGCGGGCCUGAUGGAAAGCAUUCGGACGCUCAGCUCCUUGCUGAAAUGGUGGCGCUGCUGGGUCCUCCGCCACUGGCCUUCUUGGAGAAGUCUCCGAGGAGUCGGGAAUACUGGGACGCUCAGGGAAAUCGGAUCGGUGCUGUGAAUGUGCCACGGGCUUCAUUAGAAGAUUCAGAGGAGUAUCUGGAGGGUGAGAACAAAGAGCUGUUCAUGCAGUUUGUGAGAAAGAUGCUGCAAUGGGAUCCGGAGGCGAGGCUGAGCGCGCGAGAACUCUUGAUGGAUCCGUGGCUGAAUAAGCCGUAG